AUGUCUGGAGAAGAAAGUACACCUAGAUCUGGUGCUAGUGGUGCAGGUGAAGGAAGUGGUGGAAGUGCUGGUAAAGCUGCCUUUGGUCAUGACUAUUUGAAUAAUGAAUCAUAUGAACACAGUGGCAAUAGAAAAGCCCCUAAAUUAAUUACACCAGCUAACCUGAAGAUCUAUACUAAGCAUCACAGGGUUAAGGACAUAGUUGUUAGUGCUAUCAGACAUGAGGAUUAUGUCAGGAUAGAGAACAAGUCCUCUGCUAAAUCUAUCUUUGACUCUAUGUGUGCAACAUAUGAUGGUAACGAGAAAGUUCAAGAGGCUAAAGCUAGUCUCUUGAUAAGACAGUAUGAACUCUUCACCAUGGAGAAAGAUGAAGAUAUUGAAACCAUGUUCACAAGGUUUCAAACUCUUGUAUCUGGUCUCAAGGUGCUGAAGAGAAGUUACACUACCUAUGACCAUGUUCAGAAGAUUCUGAGAAGUCUUCCUCUUGUGUGGAGACCUAAAGUCACUGCCAUUGAGGAAGCUCAAAAUCUCAAGAAUAUGAGUCUUGAGGUUCUGAUAAGCAAUCUCAGAAGCCAUGAGAUGGUUCUGAAUGCCGACUCAACAGCUCAGAAGAAGUCCAAGUUUGUGGCCUUACAGUCAACUAGGAUUUCUUCCAAAGCUCUUAAGACUCAACUUCUUAAUAUUGAGGAGGAAUCUUCUACAGAUGGUCAAGAGGAAGAGAUGGGAGAAGAUGAAUUUGCUCUAUUCACCAAGUUUCAGCAAUGGGCUAGGUUCAAUAAAAAGAACUUCAGAGGAAAUAGCUCAAGAAACUCUGGUGGCAAAAAGGAAGAACAGAAGAACUGCUUCAAUUGCAAGAAGCCAGGACAUUUCAUUGCUGACUAUCCAGAAAUGUCUUCCAAGGACAAGAGUAAAAGGUACAACUCCAAGAAGCAGCAGUUCAAAAGUAAGUUGAAGAAAAGUCUGAUGGUUACGUUUGAAGAGUUAUCAUCUGAAGAGGAAGUUGAAGAGGAUGAAGAAGCAAAUCUGGCACUUAUGGCCUCAACAGACUCAGAUGUAGACUCAGAUGAUGAGCCAGAGCCAGACUCAGAAGUAGCUGAUGAGGUAUUUUCUGAUUGUUCUAAAACUCAACUUAUAACUGCUCUUAACAUGGUUAUUGAGAAGCAUCUCAAAGUAUUAAGCAAACAAAAACUUUUAAAAGAAAAACUUAAUACUCUGAGUGAUCAGAAAAGUCACUUUCAAGGUCUGUAUCAGCAAACUCUUGACAGAGUGAAUGAUCUUGAAAAAGGAUGCGUUGUUUGUUACAAACCUAGUGAUGAGCAGGAAAUGGCUCUUCAACAGUUUGUGCAUCUCAAUCUUGGAAAGAGCAAGGCUGCUAAUUUGGUUUAUAUUGUCAUGAGACAUCGUGGAGAAGGAGUUGGCUAUGAAUAUGCUAGAACAUAUUCAAAGCUAAAAACCUUUGCCAAAAGAGUUGGAAAAUCUUUGGUUUACUAUGUAGUACCCCAAAGUGAAGAAGUAAAGAACUUUGGUGCUUUGAGUGAUGAGACUGUUGACCUAAAAGAUUAUGAAGCUGAUGACUCGGAGGAACCAAGUUCCUCAGGUUCUGGAAAGAGAAGCUUAGAAUUUAGAGGUUGUUCAGAGUCUGAGAAUAUUAAAUCAGAUGAUCUGAAUACUUCAAAAUCUGAUGUGUUGGAACAAAAUUGA